AUGGGAAACGCCGAAAGUAGUCCGGUGCCAGAAGUACAGCUUCGCCGUCCUCAACAAGGUGAAGCAAGUGAAUUUUAUUGGGCCUGUAGAAAUGGAGAUGUGGAGCGUGUUAAACAACUUCUAUUGACAACUCCCUGGAGAGAUUUAAAUCGACUUGAACCAAAUGGUAGUACACCCCUUCACGCAGCUUCAUUCUACGGACACAGCCAAAUUGUCGGUCUUCUUCUACGCGAACAUGGCUGUCGAAGAGAGUGCCUAAAUCAUCACGGGCUCACUGCCUAUGAAGAAGCACAGAGUGAAGAAAUACGUCAACUAUUUCAUCGUCCGUCAGAAAAAAAUCGAUUUUGUGACGCGUGCGAUGAUGCAGGAAAUAUAUUCAAAGUGACAACGAGAGCGGAAAUGAAAGAAGAGGACGUUGCCACCGCCGACGAGGACUUUUCCGACGAUCAAUGGCUCGUGGGUUAUGAAACGUCAGAACAAAUUGAACAUGUUAAAGCAGACUGUUCUGCUGGAAAAGCUAUUGUUCAAUCGAAAUUACUUGUGUCGAUGUUUGGAAAAGAAGUAUUCCGCAGAGAAUUUACGGAUAAUCUCAAUAAACUUCUGACCGAACAUGUUCCUCAAACACAUCGAGAAUUUGAAAAGUGCAAGACACUAAUUGAAAAAGCUCUCGAUCAACAACAAGACCAGCCUGAAUAUUUACUUCGUCUGUACACACUUGAAACACCACUUUAUGGCAUAUUAGGCAAUGAUGCCCGUCCACUCUUUCACCCGCUCUUGUUUACAUUGAAUAAACUGAAACCACGUCAUUUCCAAGGUGUUUCGUAUCGCGGCGUAAAAAUGGCAGAAGAAGGUCUGCGCGCUUAUCGUUGGGCAAUAAAAAGUAAAGGCGUUAUCGAAACACGAACAUUUUGCUCAACAACUUUAGAUCGUUCUGUAGCUGAGGGAUUCGCUGGAAUUGGUCCAAUCACCAAUGAUCGGCGAAGUGUUCUCAUGGUUUUUAAUUUUCCCGAAAACUGUGACACGGCGAUUAAUUUAGGGAAAAUUUCACAAGACCUACCGUGUACUUCAGAGUAUGAAAAUGAAGCAGAAGUUUUGAUGCUUCCGACGACGCUGUUUGUCGUGAGACAGAUUGAGUCAGCUACAAACUACAUAACUAUUCACCUUGAAAAUAUUUCGUCUAAACCAAAAUCUCGAUUGUCGUAUUUAAAAGCGGCAUGUAAAAACAUGAAAAGAAACGCAUAUGUGAAAGUCGGCACAAAAACGUAUAUAUUAGGUGACAAACAUAGACCAAGUUUACUGCGUUAA